AUGGAGUUGCAGCAAGAGGAUCUCUAUUCCAAACAGCCGCUGCUGCUGGGAGAACGUGGCAACUACGUCGAGACCCAACCACAGUACUACAACACGGUGCAAGGCCUCGUUGAUCAUGAAUCCAUUGCGCACUCUGAUAGAACACACGCCGGUACCUAUCGAGAUGCUGCACCUCUUCUCGGUUUGGGACUUCCAACGGGCCUAUUUCAAAGCAAUUGCUUUCGAGACCGUUGGCGUUAUCAUGAGACUUUGGAAGGACAAGAGCAGAAUUAUGUACCGGAUUUUCAACCAUCGCCCGCUCAAUAUCUGAACCAGGGGUUUGUGUAUCCUUCACAGCCCACCUUUGACGAACCCUGUAACAAAGGUGGCACUUCAGACGUUGAAGUCUGGAAAGAAGACAUGACCUCUUCGCCUACUAGUCCAAAGAUUGAUUCCUCACCUUCAAUGGAAGUUUGGCCGCUGGAGUCGGAUGAAUCGAUCUCAGCCUUUUGCUCAGAGUCCGGCAUGCUCACGAAGGAUAGCCAGGAUGAUGAAGAAGAUUCCGGAGACAAACCAUAUGCGAGACUGAUACAUGAGGCGCUGAUGCAGGCUCCUGGGCACAGGAUGAUGCUGAGGGAGAUUUAUGACUGGUUUGUGCAAAACACGACCAAGCCUAGCGAAUCUGGCACCAAUGGAUGGCAAAACAGCAUUCGCCAUAAUUUGUCAAUGAACCAGUGUAUGGAUUCUUACCGAAGACGCGAUCAGGCAUGGAGUCCAAUCAACUACACGAUAUCGGAAGCAUGGCAGCAACAAGAAAACAAACCGAGCCAGAAUUCCAGCUCUACUCCGGCAACGGUCCGGAGCAAAAGGAGGGCGCGCUGCCAGAAGAGCCGCUAA